AUGAAUAACAUACUGCAAACUUAAAUAAUGAAAGACAUCAAAAGAGAUCAUGGGUAAUAUUUGCUAGAAAAAAUGUUUGAAAAAUUUAAACUUGUGACUUUAUAGGAAAACGAGGUUUUAUUCAAGAUUGGUGAUGUUGGAAAUAAAUUAUAUAUUUUGUUAUCAGGUCGGUUAGGAGCGUAUAUGGAAUUAGAAGAAUGUCAAUUUGAAUUGAAGAAAAUCAACGAUAUUUUGUAUUACUUCACUUAUCAUGUAGGCCAUAUGAUCAGUUAGGAGAAAAUGCCUUGCAUAACUAAAAUUGUAAAAGAAAUCAGACCAUCAUUGCUUUGGAGUAAAGUUCUAUUGCUUAUAUAACCAGACAGGACUAUUAAUUGAUUAUUGGUAAAUAUAGGUCAGAUAAUUUGGACAUUAAGUUACAGCUAUUAAAUAAGUUAGAUUGCUUUCAAUCUUGGACUAUAGGUUAGUUUAAAAGCUUUAGUUGUUAUAUGUUUUUAUAAAAUUUUUGUUUAAAUGAAAUUGUGUAUAAGGAAAAUGAUGACUCGUAAUUUUUAUAUAUUGUAAAAGAUGGACAAUUUGAAAUGAUCAAGACAAUAUAGGAUGAGAAAAGAAUACUGAGAAAAAGAACUAAAAGAAUGUAUGAUUAAUUAAAGAUAAUAGCUAAGUUGUUUACUAAAUGAAGGUUAAAUAUUUGGUGAAGAAUCAUUAAUGAGAUCAUUAGACGAAGAUCCAAAAAUUUAAUCUCCCUUAAAUAAUUGCGUAUACAUCCAAAGAUAUUCAACAGUAAAAUGUAUGAGCAUAAGUGGAUCCUUAUUUAGAAUAUCAAGAAAAGACAUAGUAGAGAGAUGCUGGGAUGAAAUAACUAAAUUAUAAUUUUUAUCUCUUUUAAUCAAAUUAAAAAAUUUUAGAUUGAAACGAGUCAACUCAUUAAAGAAUAACUAAGAAGCCAAUGAAAAUUUUACUGAUUUUGAAAGCGGUAGAAAAUUUAGAAAUAAUUCUACUUAGACAUAAAAAAAAAUUACUCUAGAACCAAUAUUUACUAAUACUUAUUUUUAGAAAUAUUUCGAGUAGUAAUAAUAGAAAACAAAGUCAACAAAAAUUGUUAAAACUAAAUUUUAAAUAAGGUUGAACUCUAUUGAUGCAUUAUCAAAUUAAAACAAUUCCCCUAAGAUUUCUAUCUAACGAAAAGCUUCAUAAUUUCACAAAUUGUUAUCACAAAGAUAUCAUAAAAGUACGAAUAAAUAGGACAAUAAAUAAUUCUCGUUUGACUUCCCAUCAAAUAAUGUUGGAUAUCAGUAUUAUAAAUAGUUCUUAACGAGUGAAAGAAUUAAAAGUUUGCAUUGCUGA